UCAACCAUGUGCAAGGCAGCCACUAUUGCUACCUUGUGGUCCUCCGUGGUCCUUCAUGUCAGGCCUACGAUAUGGAAGACUCCCGGGGGUUGCACUGGAAGAGAGCUAUGGGGGUUGUCUUCUGCUGCACUUGUCUGCGCAAGCGUGGCCCUCCGGGCAAGGCACACUCUUGUCAUGAGCAGAAGAGGAGCCGCAGCAACGUUUUCUACCACAAGGAAAACCUGGGGUCAGCCCCAUCUGGACUCCGGCUUCAGGAGUGGAUCUAUGGGGGGUCACAUUGUUUUGGUGUCCAGAAUCCAGAUAAUGACAUGGAUCUGGGCACUCUCCAAAACAACAUCAACAACACCUUGGACAACGUUUAUGAAGAGGGCCCGGAGUCUGAUCGGUUCAGGACCCUUUCCAGUGGCAGCCCCAUCUCCAAUGGCGAGCAGGCCAACCUUCUGACAGGGGCUGAUACUAUCAAGCGUUCUCAGCCCCUGCUCAUCCAAAGCAAUAGAAAACCAAAGGAGGAGGAGGAGCCACGGGCCUUGUCUCUGCCCUGCAUCCCCAACCCCUUCCCAGAGCUCUGCAGCCCCUCCAAUUCGCCCAUCCUCAGCAACUCCUCCCUGGGGUCAGGUUCACAGCGAGAAGGCGGCUCUCAUGUGGUCAAGGUCUACAGUGAAGAUGGCACUUGCCGCUCACUGGAGGUCACGGCGGGUACCACAGCUCGCCACGUAUGUGAGAUGCUGGUACAGAAAACCCACGCUUUGCACGACGACUGCUGGUCCCUCGUUGAGGUCUAUCAACACUUAGCUCUAGAGCGGUGCCUGGAAGACCAUGAGUCUGUGGUGGAGGUCCAGGCCACAUGGCCUGUUGGGGGUGAUAGCAGGUUUGUCUUCCGGAAGAACUAUGCAAAGUACGAGCUGUUCAAGAGCUCACCGCAGUCACUGUUCCCGGAAGCCAUGGUCUCCAGCUGCCUGGAUGCAGCCAACAAAGGCAUGUCCCAUUCAGAACUCAUCCAGAAUGUACUGAAUUCCGGAAGCUGCCCUGAAAUCCAAGGGUUCUUGCAUAUGAAGGAAGUUGGGCGCAAAGUGUGGAAAAGGUUUUACUUCUCCCUGCGGCGCUCCGGGCUCUAUUACUCAACAAAAGGCACAUCAAAAGACCCUCGGCAUCUGCAGUACUGUGUGGACGUGAAUGAAUCCAAUGUCUACUACAUCACUCAGGGCAAAAAGCAGUACAACCCCCCCAAUGAAUAUGGUUUCUGCAUUAAGCCCUUCAAAGCACGCAGUGGGGUCAAAGGUCUGAAGCUCUUCUGCAGCGAAGAUGAGCAAAGCCGCACAUGUUGGAUGGCUGCCUUCCGCCUAUUCAAGUAUGGCAUACAGCUCUACCGGAAUUACCAGCAGUGUCAGUCACGGCAAAGGGAACCAGCUUGGAUUGGCACCAUGCCCCUGCGGAGCGUGUCUGAUAACACUCUGGUGGCCAUGGACUUCUCGGGCUGUACGGGCAGAGUGAUUGAAAACCCCAAUGAGGUACUGACCGUCGCUCUGGAAGAGGCACAGGCGUGGAGGAAGAAGACAAGUCACCGAUACAGCUUGCCCACUCCAUUCCAGAGCUCCCCACUCAGCGCCGCCAUUCACAGAACUCAGCCGUGGUUCCACGGACACAUUUCUAGAGAAGACACCCAACGCCUCAUCAACCAGCAGGGACUGGUGGAUGGCGUUUUCCUGGUGAGAGAGAGCCAGCGGAACCCCAAAGGUUUUGUCUUAUCACUCUGUCACCUGCAGAAAGUAAAGCACUAUCUUAUACUUCCGAGUGAGGAAGAAGGGCGUCUCUACUACACCAUGGAUGAUGGGCAGACCCGCUUUGCUGACCUAAUCCAGUUGGUGGAGUUUCACCAAAUCAACCGCGGCAUCCUGCCCUGCAAGUUGAAGCACUACUGCACAUGUGUUGCCUUAUGAUAGGUUAUCUUUCUUCCCGGCUGGGCUUCCCAUGCCCUGCCCUAUGGUGACUGUGGCCCACCACAAGGGGAGGUGAGCAGGUGUGCAGGCCCUUUUGGACUCCAUAUACUGGGACUGACUGAACUUUCAACCACUCCUUGACCCUGCCUUUGGCUUUGCCUACACCAAGCAACCAAGGAAGGACCUGAUCUGGACCCUCUCAUUCCAACCCCUUUUUGCAAGAUUUGCAAUUCUUAGCAGGUUGGAGAAUGAAUUUAGGGUUGGGAGGUCACAGUGAUAACAAAUUGCUAUGUCAGAGGGAAAUGGUGUGUUAGGUGCUUCUUUGGCCUGUGGCUUUCACUCGAUUCAGCAAAGGGGGAACACUGAAUGUCCCUCUCCACUUCAAGGCUGUCUCCAUCACCGCAUGUAAGAGUUUGCCUGCUUCAGUCCUUGCAUUCCCCUGAUCCCUCAGGCCAGAUGUAUCCAUAGUCUCCGUUUGGUGGGAAUUGUCCUGCGUCCCUGGUUUGUGCUUUGCAACGGUGAGAUUUAGUUCCAAGGAAAGGGAAGUAUGAGGUGGUGGAGGUGCCCAUCUAAACAGGGAUCCUCACAGCAGAUGGUAUUCUUUGUUGGUGGUCAAGAACUAAAAAGGGUUGAAGAUAUCCCCAUUUUAAAGCCCAAAUUAGAACAGGUUCGGCUUAACAUGGUCCAUGCCUCCCAUGAAUAUCUAUAUUGUGAUCAGACUAGUGAGUGGCGGACCAAGGCAAGAGAACAGAUGGGGGAGAGAGAGAACUGAAAGUGGAUGGAGAAGCUGCAUGUGGUCUGUGCUUUCAUCCAGCUUUUGCCUCUGGCAAACGGGCCAGUCUUGUUUUAAAAACAAGUUUUAAAAAAGGUCAUGGUGUGACCAGUUAGGCGCAAACCAUAAGAAGUGAGUCUUCUCUCCAGGAACAUUCAAUUCUCUUGCUACCCACUUUGUUAGAAAGCUUCUAGAUCUUCUCUCAAUAUGUACCUGUGUCCACCCCUGUCAUGCGCUGUUGGUGGGCAUGAGGGACUUGAGCCAUAGGUGGAGAAAAUACAGCUAGGUAUGAUGAACAAGUCAGCUGUUGACCUGGCCCGGAAAUUUCGAUAGUCCUCCUAGGUCUGGGGGGACUAGUGGGCUGCCUGAGUGAGUGGAGUCCUGCUGGAGUCUGGAAGAGCAUUAAAGCCCACAAAGCUUUUGAGUCUUGUCCUGAGUGGCUCAUGCCUAGGGGCAGCAAAGCUCUGAUGCCAAGGGUUCUAGCCCCAGUUGCUCCCAGUGCAGGCAUACUGCAGUGUUUUUUUCAACUCCAUUUCAUUUGCACUUAAAUCUCAAGAUUUCCCCAGUGCUGCUGCAGUGUUUAUUGAGUCUUUGGUCAAAUCACUGUGCCAUAACCUUCCCCCAUUUCUCCCUCUAAAUUGUUGGACUUGGUUGUGGGGGCUGCUCAUGCUCUUGCCCCUGUACACCACAGAUGAGGACCUGAGGUCAGAAGAACUGGUUUUCUCUCCUGCACGAAAAGGUUAAAAAAAAUUACCCUGGAGGAGGGAGGAGUGGAAGCCAGAAGCACAAUCCCUGGGGGUAGUACAAAUCCAUAAGGCCAGUCUUACUGUGACAAGAUGUAUAUAUAGAGGUGAUGAUAAAUGUUAUUUUUUUCAUAUUUUUGGUUUGGUUUUUGUACACACAUCAAUUGUGAGAGGAAGAAACAACAGUGAUCUCACAACAACUAUCGAAAUGAAUAGCAAGUAUCACCAUGUAAAGAAUCAAAAAAUUAUUUUAUCUAUUUAUCUAAGACACAAAACUUCUUACUGGUAAAUAAAAGUUUAUGUUUCAUAA